UAGAAGUAAUUAUAGAUAAUUAUGUAAAAUUUGACCUAUAUGAACAAAAAAAAAAACUAAGUUAAACUUGUUCGGUUCGGUUCACAGUAAUAAAUCAGUUCACCAGUUUAUACAACAGUUUGAUUCAGUUUUUUGAACUGAAAUUUGGUUCGUUUUAGUUUUUCUAAACAGAAAACUAGUUCAGUUAAGUUUUCAAACGGUUCUAAUACAAAACUGAUCUUUGUCCACCCCUAUCUUUUUGACAAUAUAUGGAUAGAUAAUUUUUUUGAAUUUAACAUUUGUGUACAAAUUAGAACCAACCUCCUUUUUAUCUGUUUUGUUAGCAUUCAUGAUUUAUCUCUUAGGUACUUCCCUUUCAUAAUUACAAAUUAGCAACAUUAGAAUAAAUUAAUUAAUAGAAGUGGGUAUUAUUUGUUGUAGGAAAAUAUAAUGGUACUGGUAACCUUGGUUAUGAGUUACGAACAUGGUUAAGUGUUAUUCAUGUCAAUACCAACAUAUGCCUGGAUUAACUUAAAGGAACCAGGGUUAACAUAAAUGAUAAAAUAUCCACAAAAAUUGACGAGGUGGAUUCAUUGGUUUAUGAUCUCUGAAUCAAAGUGGAGGUGCACCCAAUAACUGACAACUUUGCCAACAAUGGCCAGUUUCCUUUUUGGGUAGACCGAAGCGACAAAAAGCUAUUGCAGACAAAUGCAACCCAUAUUUUUGAUGUUGUACUUGUAGUUGAUGGGACUGAAGAUUUUACUAAAGUGAUAGAUGUGGUGCAUGUAGCCCCAAACUCUAGUAAGAAGUGAUAUGUCAUAUUUGUAAAGAGGUGAGUUUAUAUGGAUAAUGUUGAGGUUGACAAUGAGAACCUAUGGAUACAACUAUUAUAACUUGAGUCAUGGAAAAAAUAAGUUGGGCACAUUCUACACAACAACAUUUGACUGUAGAGGAAGUGUUGCAGGAUGUUACAUGUAUUCUGCAGUUUGAGCUCACCAAAGUUAAUGGUGUUGACGACUUUUGUUUCUCCAACUCCAUUUCAACGUGUUUGAAAUUGCUAGACUUGUCCGUCAAAGAACUCGCUUGGUGUAGAUUUGCUGUUGAGAGUUCGAAAGGAAAAUAUAAUGGUACUGGUAACCUUGGUCAUGAUUUACGGACAAGGUUAAGUGCUAUUCAUGCGACACAUGCAUGGAUGAACUUAAAGAAACCAAUGUUAACAUGAAUGAUAAAAUAUCCACAAAAAUUGACAAGGUCGAUUCCCUGGUUUAUGAUCUUCUCAUCAAAGUGGAGGUGCAACCAAUCUCUUACCACUCUGCCAACAAGAGCCGAUUUCUUUCUUGGGUAGCCCGAAGCGACAAAAAGCUAUUACAGACAGAUGCACCUCAUAUUUUUGAUGUUGUAGUUGCAGCUGAUGGUACUGGAGAUUUUACUAUAGUGAUGGAGGCGGUGCAUGCAGCCCCAAGCUCUAGUGAGAAGCGCUAUGUCAUAUUCAUAAACAGGGGAGUUUAUAUGGAGAAUGUUGAGGUUGAGUUUGACAAGAAGAACCUCAUGAUGAUUGGAGAGGGUAUGGACGCAACCAUUAUCUCCAGUAACUUAAGUCAUAAAAAAAUUAAUCUGUCGACAUACUUCACAACAACAUUUGACUGUAGAGGAAGUGUUGCAGGAUGUUACAUGUAUUCUGCAGUUUGAGCUCACCAAAGUUAAUGGUGUUGACGACUUUUGUUUCUCCAACUCCAUUUCAACGUGUUUGAAAUUGCUAGACUUGUCCGUCAAAGAACUCGCUUGGUGUAGAUUUGCUGUUGAGAGUUCGAAAGGAAAAUAUAAUGGUACUGGUAACCAUGGUCACGAUUUACGGACAUGGUUAAGUGCUAUUCAUGCGACACAUGCAUGGAUGAACUUAAAGAAACCAAUGUUAACAUGAAUGAUAAAAUAUCCACAAAAAUUGACAAGGUCGAUUCCCUGGUUUAUGAUCUCCUCAUCAAAGUGGAGGUGCAACCAAUCUCUUACCACUCUGCCAACAAGGGCCGAUUUCCUUCUUGGGUAGUAUGAAGCGACAAAAAGCUAUUACAGACAAAUGCACCCCAUAUUUUUGAUGUUGUAGUUGCAGCUGAUGGUAUUGGAGAUUUUACUACAGUGAUGGAGGUGGUGCAUGCAGCCCCAAGCUCUAGUGAGAAACGCUAUGUCAUAUUCAUAAAGAGGGGAGUUUAUAUGGAGAAUGUUGAGGUUGAGUUUGACAAGAAGAACCUCAUGAUGAUCGGAGAAGGUAUGGACGCAACCAUUAUCUCCAGUAACUUAAGUCAUAAAAAAAUUAAUUUGUCCACAUACUUCACAACAACAUUUGGUGUCAUGGGUGGAGGUUUCAUUGCACGGGAUAUGUCCUUUAGAAAUACGGCUGGACCUAUGGGUGAACAAGCGGUGGCAUUAAAAUCUCUUUCUGACUUCUCAGUAUUUUAUCGAUGUGGAAUUUUUGGCUAUCAAGAUAGCUUAUAUGCGCAUAGCAACCGCCAAUUCUAUAGAGACUGCAAAAUCAGUGGCACGAUGGACUUUAUCUUUGGAUAUGCCAUUGCAGUUUUUCAAAAUUGUAAACUAUUAGUCAAAAACGGAUUGCCGAAACAAAGCAAUACUAUCACCGCUCAGGGAGGAAAAGUCAAUGGAGACUUAACUGGUUUCUCAUUUCAGUUUUGCAACAUAUCUGCAGACUUUGACCUUUUACCUUUUGUUAAAUCAACCUCAACAUUCUUUGGAAGACCGUGGCAGUCAUAUUCUACAACGAUUUUUAUGCAGUCUUACCUAAGUGAUGUUUUGAGUCCAAAAGGAUGGUUAGGGUGGAACAAAUCCCAAUAUUUAGACACAUUGUAUUAUGCUGAGUAUAAGAAUUAUGGACCAGGAGCAAAGAUACAGGGCAGAGUUAAAUGGAAACAGUAUCAUAUUCUAAAUGAUUAUAGGCAGACAAAUAACUUCACAGCGGCCCACUUCAUUUUAGGGAACCUAUGGUUAUCUUCAACGGGUGUACCAUUCACUCUUGGAUUUGGGAGUCAUACUUGAAGUUAUUAUUAUUAUAAUAUAAUGUUAGAAGAGAUAAUUUGAUGUUAUUAUAAUUAAUCUCUUGCUUGAUAAUUUAAUAAUUACACAUUUGAUAAGAUAGCUAGUUGCAUUUCAUUUUGGACAAAACAAAUUGGUAA